AUGACGUCCGGAACGGCUUCACUGUACUCGAGGCAGCAGCAUCAGCCGAAGGUUGCUGGUACUUCCACUUCGUGGUCUCACUCACUCCUCCGACCCGUUGCGCUCUUCCAUGUGUCUGCCUACGCACGCGAAGUCGUCAAGGUACCGCAGAUGGCAGAGUCAAUCACCGAGGGUACGCUUAAGCAGUGGAUCAAGAAGAAAGGCGACCAUGUGAAAGAAGGCGAAGAGAUUGCAACCAUCGAGACGGAUAAGAUUGAUGUCUCUGUUAAUGCACCUGUCACAGGCACAAUUACCGAGACGAAGGCUGCAGAAGAGGACACUGUGACUGUUGGCCAAGACCUCUGCAACAUCGAGCCUGGAGAGGCGCCUGCAGAGAGUGCGUCUUCAGGCAACGGCGCAGCCAAGGCGAACGAGCAGGAGGCGGCGCCGAAACAAGAGGAGCAGAAGAAGGAGCAAGUAAAGCAGCAGCAGACACAGCAGGCUGAGAAAAAGCAGGGCGAAGAGUUGAAGAAGUCAGAGAGCAAGCCUGCGCCAUCGACAUCAGUCGGCUCAAGUGCGAGCGCCAGCGAGGGCGAGUCAUCGAAGCCCGUUGCGGGCAGCCGCGGGGAGCGGCGCGUCAAGAUGUCGCGCAUGCGCAUGCGCAUUGCCGAACGCCUCAAGCAGUCUCAGAACACUGCCGCUUCGCUGACGACGUUCAACGAGAUCGACAUGUCGUCGCUGAUCGCCUUCCGCGCGCGACACAAAGACGCCAUCCUCAAGAACGAGGGCGUCAAGCUGGGCUUCAUGUCGGCGUUCGCCAAGGCGUCUGCACUGGCGCUGCGGGACAUUCCUGCCGCGAAUGCGCGCAUCGAGGGCGAUGGGUUGGGCGACACGAUCGUCUACAGCGAGUAUGUUGACUUGAGUGUCGCCGUGUCGACCGAGAAGGGGCUUGUUACGCCCAUUGUGCGCAACAUCGAGGGCAUGACUCUCAUCGAGAUCGAGCGAGAGAUCGCCCGACUCGGCAAGAAGGCGCGCGACAAUAAGCUCACGCUCGAGGACAUGUCCGGCGGGACGUUCACCAUCUCCAACGGCGGCGUCUUCGGCAGCCUGUUUGGCACGCCCAUUCUCAACCUACCCGGCAGCGCCAUCCUCGGCAUGCACGCCGUUAAGGACAAGCCAUGGGUUGUCAACGGCAAGGUGGAGAUUCGCCCGAUCAUGGUCGUCGCGCUUACGUACGACCACAGGCUGCUUGAUGGCCGCGAGGCUGUCACAUUCCUCGUCAAGCUCAAGCAGUACCUAGAAGACAUGCCGAGCAUGCUGCUCUAA